CACACCCCUCCUGUUAUCUUUUUGUUAUAUACUAAAGUCUUCUUGGUAGAUGUCUAUCUUCUCAUAGCCCAAGAGAUUUUCUUUCGUCAAGAUUAUCAAAGAUGAGAAGCCAGUCCCUUUUUUUGCUGGGUGUGUUGCUGUUCUUUGCUUCUAGUGCUUCAGUUUUUAGGGCUGUUGAUGGGGAUAAUUUGUCUGAGGAGUGUAGCAGUGACUUCCAGAAGGUGAUGGGUUGCUUGAGCUAUGCUACAGGGAAAGCGAACACCCCCCCGAAAGAUUGUUGCAGUGCAGUGCAGGGCAUAAAAGAUAGCGAGCCAAAAUGCUUGUGUUAUAUCAUGCAACAAGCACAUAAUGGUAGUGCACAGUUCAAGAGCUUGGGUGUUCAGGAGGCUAAGUUGCUUCAGCUCCCUACUGCUUGCCAGUUGCAGAAUGCCAGUCUUAGUUUCUGCCCCAAGCUUCUAGGCCUAUCUCCUGGCUCUGCAGACGCUGCCAUUUUCACAAAUGCUUCAACACCAGCAACUCCGGCUGCAUCAACAGGAACAGAAAAGUCACAAAGUGGUGAUUCCAGUACUGGAAUCCAGCUGAGACCUCCCCUUGCAGGUCUAUUGAUGAUUGUUGCAGCCAUCUUCGUAUUUGCUUUCCCUGCUGGGUCUACCUCUAUGUUCCAGGUUUAGGGUGAACAACACUGAAUGGAAACAACGAAAACUGAAGCUUGUUUUAGUUUGUCUUUUGAAUUUUCAGUAUUUCACCGUAUUCUCUUUGCAAGUUGUUGUAAUCUUGUCGCCUGCACUUGUUCUCAGCUUCAUGUUAGCUAUCGAGGCUAUUAUCUACGAGCUUCAUGUUUUAAUUUCAGGAUUCUAAACAUUUGUAGCUGGCUAUUUUGCUUAGCUAUGUAAGAUUUGGUUUGUUUUAA